UCAAAUUAAACUACUUUUCAUGGCUUCCAUCGUCUUCCAAACCUUCUUCCUUGUAUACUUACUAGUCAUUCCCAUAUGCACUUCAUCGUUAUUAAGCCAUGAUGAAGAGUGUUUACCUUUGUUUCAGUUUAAGCAAACCGUUCUUCAUCAAAAGUAUAAUGGUGCUGGUGGGUUUCAAAAGUUCGAUUCUUGGAGCAAUACAUCAGAUUCUGAUUGUGUUUGACGGUGUGGUGUGUAGUAAUACUGGCCAUGUGAUCGAGCCUGACUGGAGCGGAAGCUCUCUCAGUGGAAUUAUCAACUCUAGCAGUACCCUCUUCAAGCUUCUUCACCUUCAGAUUUAUCAGGGAAUCCCCUAAGGCUUCAAAGUCCCGGCCUUGAGUAUUUGUUGAAAAACAUGACCAGACUCCAACACCUCCAUCUCUCUGAGGUUGACCUUAGUUCUUCUGUACCUAAUUUCUUGGCCAAUUUUUCUUCCUUGAAGUCUAUCGAAUUAGGCGCUUGUCAGCUUCAAGAUGAAUUUCCAUCAGCAAUUUUUCAGUUACAGAAGUUGAUACUUCUUAACAUCGAAAACAAUCCCAACCUCACUGGUUCUUUGCCUCUAUUUCAUAACAACACCUUACUUGAACAUCUAAGUCUGGCUUUAACAGGUUUUACCGGGACUGUACCAAAAUCCAUAAGCAACUUAAAUCAUCUAACUUACUUGGAUCUUCAAAUGUGUUAUUUUUCAGAGCCUAUUCCUGGUUCACUCCCUAACUUGACAGAACUAACUCACUUGUCUCUUUCUGAAAACGAGUUCACUGGAGUAGUCCCUUCAAUGGCAAGUCUUUCGAAGCUCACUUUUUUGGCACUUGGUCAAAACAAUUUUAAGAAAUGGUGCGCGUAUGGUUGGAUCAGUAAACUUACUAAGCUUGACGUUCUGCGUCUAAGCAGUAUGAACAUACAAGAUGAAAUCCUACCCUACCUUGCAAACCUAACCAAACUUACUUUUGUCAGCUUGGAUAGAAAUUUGAUUUUUGGCCGUAUCCCAACUUCGUUUAUGAACCUUACUCAAUUAACAAGUUUAGACAUUUCAGAAAAUCACUUGCAAGGACAAAUUUCAAGCACAUUUCUGAACUUCAAAAGUCUCUGGUAUCUUAACUUAGCUAAUAACAAUUUUAGCGGCACAGUGGGCCUAGACUCGUUUUUUGGAGUCAACAAACUCGAAUAUUUGAUUUUAGAUGGUAAUAGAUUGUCAUUUGUAACCACCAACAACUACACCAAUGACACCCUACCAAAAUUGAAAAACCUAGGACUCUCAUCAUGCAACUUGAAGGAAUUCCCCGCUUUUCUACGCCAAUUGAAAAUGGAAACCUUAUCUCUUGAUGACAAUGAAAUUGAAGGCGUCGUACCGAAUUGGCUUUGGAGUAAUGGCCAAGAAACAUUACAGAUGAUUAGCCUUCAAAGCAACUCCAUCACUGGCUUUUAUCAGCAUCCUCAAUUUCUCCCAUGGAUUCGUUUGGAAGUAUUUGCCAUGUCAAACAAUCAACUACAAGGACGGCUUCCAAUUCCUCCAAAGACCAUAGUUAUUUAUGAAGUCUCAAAAAAUAAUCUGACAGGAGAAAUACCACCAUUGAUAUGUGAAAUGAAAUCCCUUCAAGUCCUAGAUUUGUCUUCUAACAAGAUGUCUGGAACCCUUCCUCUAUGUUUAGGCAGCUUAAACAGUCCCUUGUCGGUUUUGUAUCUAAAACAAAAUAACUUUCAGGGACCAAUGAUGAAUAUAUGUACAUAUGGAAGCCUUUUGAAGACGAUUUAUUUGAGCGAAAAUCAUUUUUCUGGUCAGGUGUCAAAAUCGUUGGGUAAUUGUACCAAUUUGGAGUUUCUUUCUCUUGCAGAUAACUCUUUUGAAGAUGUUUUUCCGCUUUGGUUGGGAACUCUUCCCAAGCUACAGGUUCUUCUUUUGAGAUCCAAUAAAUUUUAUGGUUCAAUUCAAGGUCUCUCGACUAUUAGCCCCCGGUUUCAAAAGUUACGAAUCAUAGACAUUUCCAACAACUAUUUUAGCGGUCAAUUGCCUGACAAAUCAUUUCAAACUUGGAAUGCGAUGAAAUCGGUUUUUUUUGGUAGCUCCUCUGUUUUGGGAUCCCAAGUUAAUGAUCUAGAUAGAUUUGGGUCCAUUGAGUUUCCAUACUCAAUGAAGUUAACAAACAAAGGUGUCAAGCAAGAAUACUUGAAAAUUCUAAACAUAUUCACAGCCAUGGAUUUCUCAUGCAACAACUUUGAAGGGCAGAUCCCGCAAUCACUCCAAGAUCUUCAUGGACUUGAAUCUCUUAAUCUUUCCAACAACAAAUUUACUAGUCACAUCUUGCCAUAUUUGGGAAACCUAAAGAAUCUGGAAUCAUUGGAUCUUUCCCAAAAUGAGCUAUCGGGGCAAAUCCCUCAACAAUUGUUGCAACUCGGCUUCCUUGCUUUUCUUAAUGUGUCCUACAACCACCUUGAUGGACGCAUACCACAAGGAAAACAGUUCAAUACAUUUGAGAACAAUUCCUACUUGGGAAAUCCCGGAUUGUGUGGAACACCGUUAUCCAAGGAAUGUGAAAAUUCAAGGGUACCAACGGUACUUCCACCAACAAGCAGGAAUGAGUAUGAGUCUCUUCUACCAGAUGAUAUAAUUGAUUGGAUGGUGAUAUCAUUGGGAGUCGGAAGUGGUCUGAUUAUUGGAAUCGUUAUCGGGAACCUUCUAUAUGCAAGGUAUGGUGAUUCGGUCCUUGAACGACUAGGGAUGAGAAAGAACAGAUGGGUAAGGCCAUUAAGAAACACAAGGAGAAACUAAUGUACUUCAUGGUUUUACUUUCAAAAUGAAUAAUAGCGCGUUAUGCUUCUUAUAAUUAUAUAUUUUAAAUCAUGUAAUACGAAUAUAAGUGUACUCUAUGUUAUAAA